AUGGGAUGCCAGCGGACUCGACGCGGAGUGAUCAUUGCGCGGAUAGUGCUUGCAGUGUCUUCUGCGUGGAUCACGCUGGUGGUCUCAGUCUAUGUCUCGACGUUCUUUGCGCCGCUGGCGCUCCCCGCGGUGGUCUCGCACCCGGUGGCGGUCGUUGCCAAGGGCAUGGGCGCUGAAUGGACGACGUACUCACCCGGAGCGGACAUGCCGUGCAUUGCGUUGAGCAUUCUCUCUCCCGCUGCCCGCCUGGGCUCUCUGACCAUUGUGAGCGACUUGCUUGCCCAUGGGGCUCUGGUGGACUCCCGAGACGCCUGCGGCGCCACUCCGCUUCACUACGCUGCCCUUGGUGACUGGUACUCGAUCACUGCCAUGCUUGUGGUGGCCGGCGCAGAUCCGCAAGCCAAGGAUGCGCGUGGUCGCACUCCGCGCGAUGUGGCUGGGCCGCGGGCCGUCCGUGCUCUAGAUCACUAUGCUCUCCGCGAUGGUGACUCGGUCGAUGGUGCUGAAGCUGCCUACCUCGCUGUAGAGCGCGGCGGACGUGAGAUGGCUGAGGAGGAAGCACUAGCUGCUGAGCGUGCUUCUGAGCUUGGCUUCACUCACUUGCGGGCCAUCGACCGCUGGCCGCGCGGCAGUCUCUCGGUCGCUGAGUUCCGCACGCGCUACGCUGAGCCGGGCAUCCCAGUCAUCCUGGAGGACAUGAAUCCUGUGCUCUUUCCGGAGGCACCACUCACCCGCGAGCUGCUCAACGCAACAUGCGGCUCGCAGCCGGUCAAGUUGCAGCGAUACGCAGCCGAGGCUGACGUGUGGGCUGGGCUGGAGCAAGUCAAGACCGAGAAGCCGGUGACACUGGGCGAGUUCCUGACCGCUGCCGGGCCGAACAGCGAGCUUCCAGCGGACGAUCCGCUGUACAACGCACACCUGUUUGACUGGUCGUUCAUCGAUCACUGCCCGCGGACAGUGGCUGCGACUAAGUUUACCAUCCCGGCAGUUUUUGCAUCAGACUUGUUUCAGGAGGUCGAUCCGGUGGCGGCGCGCUGUGGCCGCUGUCUGCACUGGCCGUCGCUCUUUGUGCAGCAAGGCCGAUCGCGGUCGGGCAUGCACCAGGACGCGCGGCACACCCACUUUUGGCAGGCGCUAGUUCUCGGCCGAAAGGAGUGGCUCAUCUUCCCGCAGACCCAGAUGCGCAACCUGUACCAGGGUGACGAGCCCGGGUCGGCCGUCUUUGACCUCGACGCGUUCGACCCAGACUUUGAUCGCUUCCCGCGUGCCCGUCACAUUCGCGGCUGGCAAGCGUUCACCAAGUCGGGCGACAUGAUCUUUGUGCCCGGCGGUUCGCCGCAUCAAGUUCGCAACGUGGAGGCGCCCAUCGCGCUCUCCACCAACUAUGUUGACUCGACCAACUACCAGCUCUAUCUCGAUGAUCUCCUCACUGCUGCGGAGGAAUCAGCUCUCAAAGAGGCCAUGAGCGACCUCGCCAGCCGGCCCGAGGUUUUUGAGCCCGCCAUCACCGACAAGCUCUUUAUGGGCGAGUACCGUACUUCUGAUCUCACCGUCGAAGAGUUUCGCCAGCUGGUGGCGGUCGACUCUGCCGCCGAGAAGGGACUCAUCGACGCUUUUGGCGUCGUGGUCCGCUAUGCAGAAGCUGUUACCCUGGGCGUCAUCGACCACUUCAUCUCGUAGCCGCACCAUGACCGGGCUGGGGCUGGUCGAUGUUGGUCAACCGGACACCCACUACAGCACAGCUCAGCCUUCAGGAUCCUGCAGACGUCACCUGCGCCGGGUGCGCGCGCGGCAUCGAGAACUAGCCCCGCGAUGGCGACUGACCCGAAGCCUGCCCAUGGGUUGCUCCGCGUUGAUGAGGAUCUGGCUAUCUUUCACGGAUAUUCAAGCAAAAGCUAUUCCUGCCCGG